GACUCCGGAACAAGUCCCUCGAUGGCCGCUGCUUAGUUUGAACCGUACUUUUCUUUCUCCGUUAAUUUUUAGGUUGAUUUCGGCUGAGUAGAACUAAAUUCUGCCGGCGAGAUGCCCCUGCUCCCACCGGACCCCGUCUUUUGCCUCAAACAAGACAUGGGACACGUGCACAGCAUGUCCUUUACGAAAAUAAACAAUGACUACACUUCGCAACUUCUGGCAGCCACCGAAAAGGGAGACGUAUUUUUUUGGGACUUGGAAACAAAUCGUCUCCAACACAAACAACGCAUGGGAGAAUCAAUCCAGACCAUCCAUUCUGUAGAGUACGACAUCAUUACGCAAGAGAAAAGCGGUUUAGUUAAGCUAUGGUCCAUCGAAAACAAUACGGGAUACAAAGUACAAAAGACAUUCCAAUGUUACGGCGGAUUUUGCAAGAGCGUCAUACUGGAAAACCAACAACUGAUUCUGCCAGGCGAAAAUAGCGUUAUCGACGUUGUGGACGUUGAUAAUUUCGAAAACGUCAAGAAAUUUGUACCUGACAAAGAGAAACUGGGCAACGUCAUGUGCCUUCAGCCGAUCGAAAUCAGAAGGGGUCGGUUUCUAUUGGCUGGAUACGCAACUGGUGACAUAAUAUUAUUUGACUACAACACCGAGAAGCAGUGCGGCCACCUCAAACUUAACGAAUUCCUAACGUCUUUGACUUUCGAUCCAUUCACUUGCCGUGGCGUCGUAGCAAACGCGUCGAAUGCGCUGCAAGUGUUUGGCAUCGACCCUGAAUGCCUCCGGAUGGAACUCAAGUGUGAACUCGCCCUCACCAACCAGGGUUGCAAUGUUGUCAAGUUUCGGCCGGAUAGGAAGUUGUUGUUUGCCGGUGGCUGGGAUGGAAGGUUAAGGGUGUUUUCAUGGAAAACUCUCAGGGCAUUAGUGGUGCUGACCGAACACAAGAAGGCGAUAUCCGACAUUCAGUUUUCUCCGCACAGAGUCAGGCUUUGGGAUUCGAACAUUAUCGCAGCCAGCGGAGAGGACGGUCUGAUUUCGCUGUGGAACGUCUACCACAAUUACACUUAUUGAGACGCUCGUCACCACAUUACCGUUCGGUCGGUAUAGUAUAGUUAGGUUUGUACGAUUUCGCGAGGCAUUUCCCGCCUCCUGACUUUUCUCCAUUGGCGCGGAAUUUCCUUCUUCGACACCACGCGAGGAUUUUACGAAAUCGUCCAUUCCACACCCCCUCCCCCACUUUUUUUUCUUUUCUUUCGAAAGCCAAUUAAUCGUAGGGACUAACCUCACUUUGUAGCGUUUCUUGGUUUUUACAAAAUUUUCCGCCAUUUUUUUUUUUUUUUUGAAACACAUUUCCCCGUGCAUUUAAGAAUUUCGCGUCGCGCAGAAAGUGAGGCUGGAUAUUUUUUCUGCCGUUUUUUCGUUUACCUGAUUUUUCAAGUUUCGCCCGCUUUCUUUUUCCGAACGGAACUUGAGGAGAAUUUUUCUAGUCUGAACAACAAAAAUUUAAACGAUCUUCGCACAAAAAUUUAAAAAAUUCCCCUCUUUCUUUUCGAAGCCCUCGCCUCUUAAGUUUCCUGUCAAAAAUUUCGGCUCAGUGGGAGACUUUAGGGAUUGAUUCAAAAGGAUAAUAAUAUUGAGCGUGUUUGGGACACCCAUAAUUUUUGAUUUUCCCUUGUAAACUUUUUUCUCACACUUUUUGCGUCCGAAUGCGGUCUCUUAAAAAAAUUAUCAUCGUUUGUUUAGUGAAUUUACGCAUUAGACUGAGAGGAAUUAUUUUGCGAGAAAAAUGAUGCCAAGUGGUUCUCGAGCGAGGUAGAAAAGUUCGGAAGUUAACAUCGAGACAACUAUUUUUGAAAGAAAAUUGCCAUUUUGAAUAAAACACAAUAAAUAAUGUUCUGGAGUUUUUUUUACGACUAUCGAUCCAGAUUUAAACGUUUCUUUCAAGGUUUUGUAAGUUUGCUCUCGCUCGCGAACUACAAAUUUUAUUGAAUUGUCAUAAGAUUUUUAAUUGUGAUAUUUUAGUGGAUUAAAAAUUCGUAUAUUUUUUCAAAAACAGUUUUAUAUACCAUUCUUAGUAAAGUAAUGAAAAAAUAAAACGUU